UGGAUCGAACACGUCCAAUCGCAGUCGCCCAAACCGACCGUGGACCAGCCCCCUCGCCCUGGGAUUGCAGACGGGAGGCAGGCUGGAGCCACAUCCACACAGCAGCCCGCGGCGUGAUAAGGACGGACCCCAAUCAAGUCAGGACUGCUAGGAACCGAACAAAAGCUUGCUUGACAAAGCUCCGAGGAGAAGAAGACGGCGCCGCGUCACGUUAGUUGCGGCCAAUUCCCAACAUUUCCCCCCCCCGCCCCCGACGCUGGUGGCGAAAGCGCGCGCUCCUCGAGCACAUUUAUACGGGAGAGCUAGCGGAAUGUCAGCUAGCUAAGCUAAUUAGCUUUACCUCUGCUAGCUAAUUAGCUCGUCUCACUAAAGUCGCUCCUCGGACUGGAUGGGAAAAGCCGUGCCUCAAGUGCGUUAUCCAUUGCCCUGACUCGGCCAUUAUGUCCCGCCUUCAACGCCACAUCAUUGCCUGAUUUCAUGCCUUUCUAGAGCCAGUCUUCAUCCUGCGUCCUUUUCCGAGGGGAGAACAAACCCAGCGACUCUAUUUGAUCUGCCGCCUAUCUCAUGUUAAUGUCGACCGACGUUGCUUCUAUAAUGCUGCCCGUCAGUCGGGGGAUGAUGGACCGGGAUCGGGACAUAGACGCCGCGGCGGCGGUCCGGGGGGUGAAGCGAGGCGACCCGGAACCCGACGCUCACGCAGCGGCUGUCCUGACCGGGGCGGAGUGCAAGAGACCGAGGAUAGACGGCACCGGCGACAUUGGCCAGAACAAUGAGCCUUUAAAUCCCGGUUUCCAUGGAUACCCACCUCACAGUCAGGGGUCUCAGGACUCAACAGGAGCACAGGAUUUCGCAGCGUUCCCUCCUCCACCGCCUCCCCAGAACGGGAUAGCGGGGACAGACUUCGUCCCUGGGGCCAUGUUUGGUGCCGGGGGUCAAGGCACAGCCGAGGCCAAGCCUGAGGAGACGUCCCAGGGAGAGGUGGCCUUGCAGUGCGUGACCGGGGGAACCUCGGCCGCUUCUGGAGCCGACUCACCAGAGGCCAAGGGGGCCCCCAAACGCCUCCACGUUUCAAACAUCCCCUUCCGCUUCCGUGACCCUGAUCUAAGGCAGAUGUUUGGGCAAUAUGGCAAGAUUCUGGAUGUAGAAAUUAUUUUCAAUGAGAGGGGAUCAAAGGGUUUUGGCUUUGUGACGUUUGAGACCAGCGCGGAGGCAGAGAGAGCCAGGGAAAAGCUCCACGGCACUCUGGUGGAAGGUCGUAAGAUUGAGGUGAAUAACGCCACCGCCAGGGUGAUGACUAACAAGAAAAUGGUCAGUCCCUACCCUAACGGAGAGGCUCUGAGCACGCUGCCCUACGCAGGGUGGAAACUGAGCCCUAUGGUCGGGGCUGUGUACGGACCUGAGCUCUAUGCAGUCCCAGGGUUCCCCUACCCUUCAGCGGCAGCAGCGGCCACCACGGCGGCUGCCGCGGCGGCCUUCCGUGGUGCUCACCUGCGGGGGCGCGGGCGGCCCGUCUACAGCGCCGUGCGGGCGGCCGUUCCUCAGCCCGCCAUCCCCGCCUACCCCGGUGUGGUGUAUCAGGAUGGGUUUUACGGCGCUGCAGACUUGUAUGGGGGCUAUCCUGCUGCUGCCGCCGCCGCCGCCGCUGCUGCAUAUCGCUAUGCUCAACCGGCGGCCGUAACCGGAGCCACCGCCGCAGCUGCCGCAUACAGUGACAGUUACGGACGGGUCUACACGGCGGAUCCGUACCACGCUCUAACCCCCGCUGCUGCUGCCGCCUACAAUGUGGGAGCCAUGGCCAGUCUAUACCGAGCGGGCUACAGCCGGUUCGCUCCGUACUAACGCCACAGAUGACAUCCAGGAAGUUCACAUCUCCCCACAGGCCUUUUUUAAAGCUCUUUGUUUGGCAGACACACCCUGCUUUCUUUUCUGAUAUUGGACUCCCCCUCCUUUUUGUCCUGGUCUCAUUAGCACCCCCCCCCCCCCUCUGACCAGGACCCCGGGUGCGACCCGCACAAACUUCACCAACUUCUCCCAAACACUAGAAGGUCUGCCAGGAGAGAGACUGUUCCCGCGGGAUCUUCCUACACUACAAAGUCCACAUCCUCGCCAGAUCCGCCCUCGAGCCACUGGAAGACGCUGCUUACGGCGCAGUGGUGCGUUCAGGAACCUAAACUGUCUUUUAAAAAAAAAAAAAAAAAAAAAGUUGUAGGAAUUGUUCUUUUUUUUGGACGAGAGUCUCAGCCUGACAGGAACCACUAUUGUCUCAGUCGCUACCAAAAACAAGGGAAAAAAGUCACCCAUGUUGUUCCCCCUACUUUACCUCAGUUUUAUGUUUGCUUUCUGCUCCACUUAGCCACCAGACUUCUUUUCAUCCAUCUCCAGCAGCACAGCGCCACCUUGUGAGGCCUGACGGACACAACAUCCGGGUAGUGCACUCACACACAUGCAGGUAGUGCACUCACACACAUGCGGGUAGUGCACUCACACACAUGCAGGUAGUGCACUCACACACUGCUGACAUGCAGGUAGUGCACUCACACACAUGCAGGUAGUGCACUCCCACACAUGCGGGUAGUGCACUCACACACAUGCAGGUAGUGCACUCCCACACAUGUAGGUAGUGCACUCACACACAUGCGGGUAGUGCACUCACACACAUGCGGGUAGUGCACUCACACACAUGCAGGUAGUGCACUCACACACAUGCGGGUAGUGCACUCACACACAUGCAGGUAGUGCACUCACACACUGCUGACAUGCAGGUAGUGCACUCACACACAUGCAGGUAGUGCACUCCCACACAUGUAGGUAGUGCACUCACACACAUGUAGGUAGUGCACUCACUCACACAUUGCUGACUUCCGUGUAGUGCACUCACACACAUCUAGGUAGUGCACUCACACAUUGCUGAAUUCCAUGUAGUGCACUCACACAUUGCUGACAUGCAGGCAGUGCACUCACACACAUGUAGGUAGUGCACUCACACAUUGCUGACAUGCGGGUAGUGCUCUCACACACAUGCAGGUAGUGCACUCACACACUGCUGACAUGCAGGUAGUGCACUCAACACUGCUCACAUGCAGGUAGUGCACUCACACACAUGCAGGUAGUGCACUCACACACAUGUAGGUAGUGCACUCACACACUGCUCACAUGCAGGUAGUGCACUCACACACAUGCAGGUAGUGCACUCACACACAUGUAGGUAGUGCACUCACACACUGCUGACAUGCAGGUAGUGUACUCACACACUGCUGACAUGCAGGUAGUGCACUCACUCACUGCUGAAAUGCAGGUAGUGCACUCACACACUGCUGACAUGCAGGUAGUGCACUCACACACUGCUGACAUCUGGGUAGUGCACUCACACACUGCUGACAUCUGGGUAGUGCACUCACUCACUGCUGACAUGCAGGUAGUGCACUCAUACACAUCCAGGUAGUGCACUCACACACAUGCGGGUAGUGCACUCACACACAUGCGGGUAGUGCACUCACACACAUGCAGGUAGUGCACUCACACACUGCUGACAUGCAGGUAGUGCACUCACACACAUGCAGGUAGUGCACUCCCACACAUGUAGGUAGUGCACUCACACACAUGUAGGUAGUGCACUCACUCACACAUUGCUGAAUUCCGUGUAGUGCACUCACACACAUCUAGGUAGUGCACUCACACAUUGCUGAAUUCCAUGUAGUGCACUCACACAUUGCUGACAUGCAGGCAGUGCACUCACACACAUGUAGGUAGUGCACUCACACAUUGCUGACAUGCGGGUAGUGCUCUCACACACAUGCAGGUAGUGCACUCACACACUGCUGACAUGCAGGUAGUGCACUCAACACUGCUCACAUGCAGGUAGUGCACUCACACACAUGCAGGUAGUGCACUCACACACUGCUGACAUGCAGGUAGUGCACUCAACACUGCUCACAUGCAGGUAGUGCACUCACACACAUGCAGGUAGUGCACUCACACACAUGUAGGUAGUGCACUCACACAUUGCUGAAUUCCGUGUAGUGCACUCACACACAUGUAGGUAGUGCACUCACACAUUGCUGACAUGCAGGCAGUGCACUCACACACAUGUAGGUAGUGCACUCACACAUUGCUGACAUGCGGGUAGUGCACUCACACACAUGCAGGUAGUGCACUCACACAUUGCUGACAUCCGGGUAGUGCACUCACACACAUGUAGGUAGUGUACUCACACACUGCUGACAUGCAGGUAGUGCACUCACUCACUGCUGAAAUGCAGGUAGUGCACUCACACACUGCUGAUAUGCAGGUAGUGCACUCACUCACUGCUGAAAUGCAGGUAGUGCACUCACACACUGCUGACAUGCAGGUAGUGCACUCACACACUGCUGACACUGGGUAGUGCACUCACACACUGCUGACAUCUGGGUAGUGCACUCACUCACUGCUGACAUGCAGGUAGUGCACUCAUACACAUCCAGGUAGUGCACUCACACACUGCUGACAUGCAGGUAAUGCACUUACACACAUGCAGGUAGUGCCCUCAACCACUGCUGACAUGCAGCUAGUGCCCUCAGCCCCUGCUGACAUGCAGCUAGUGCACUCAGCCCCUGCUGACAUGCAGCUAGUGCCCUCAGCCCCUGCUGACAUGCAGCUAGUGCACUCAGCCCCUGCUGCUCAUCUCCACAGUAGUUAUAGUUGUCUUCACACCUUCGUAUAAUCUUUGUUCUUGCUGUUUGGUUCCAAAGAUUUUUUUGUUGUUGUUUUUUUUUUAUUUUCUGAAAAAGCACAUUUUUUAGACUCGAUGUAUUUGUCUUUUUUGCGUUUGUUUUUUAAAAGUAUAUAUUGCGUGUGUUUGAGUCAUUUCAAAAGGAAACCUGCCAACCAAGAAGUCACCUGACUUUGGUCCAUAUUUUUGUUGAGAAGCGGGGGAAUGGCGACAGGUGCAUUGUGGGAAUCUUGUGGCGGGACCAGGGCGGUCUUGUACCAUGGCGUGCAGUAGCUCUUCUUCUUCUUCUUCUUCUUCUUCUUCUUACAAGUGUUAGCACAAGUGUUGCUAUGCAUGCUUUUCCUGAGCGGGCGGAUGUUGCAACUUUUUCCUUUUCCUGCAUGACUUCAAGUCCUUGUGCUGGAGGGCCACGCGGGGGCGGGGGGGGAGGGAGAAGUGACAUUUGAUGUGCCGCUGUGGUCGUCAUGGAGAUCAGAAGUGCCAUCAGACAGGUGGACAGUUGUUAUUUAAAGAAGGGAGGUGAAGUGCGACCCCCGCACCGCACCCGCGUCACGCUGAACUGGGACGAAGUAAAUUGCAUGUGGCCUCUUUUCUGUAUCACGCUGUUGAAGGUGGCCUUUAUUUUCACCAUGUACACGCUUUCUUUUGCCAUCCUUGUAUCUGUUUAUUGGCCAUUAUUAUUGAAUGUAUAUAAUAAACUCUUUGGUUUUUACACAA